CAAGAGAGCAAGGAGGGAGCAGAGAACCCACUUUGGCUUCUCCUUGGUCUUGAGUAAUAGCAACCGAAUUGCAGACAUCCCAGCACUGUGGCCAGGCAGCCUCCUGAGCAAGGUACCUCAGCCAGCAUGGCUGUCUCCUUCCCACCCACCUUGGGACUCAGUUCUGCCCCAGAUGAAAUUCAACACCCACAUAUUAAAUUUUCAGAAUGGAAAUUUAAGCUAUUCAGGGUGAGAUCCUUCGAGAAGGCACCUGAAGAAGCUCAAAAGGAAAAGAAGGAUUUCUCCGAGGGGAAACCCUCUCUAGAGCAAUCUCCAGCAGUUCUGGACAAGACUGGUGGUCAGAAGCCAGUCCUGACUCAACCAGCAUUAAAAGCACACCCUAAGUUUUCAAAGAAAUCCCACGAUGAUGGAAAAGCAAGAGGCAAAGCAAUCCACCAAGCCAACCUUCGACAUCUCUGCCGCAUCUGUGGGGAUUCUUUUAAAACUGAUGAGUGCAACAGGAGAUACCCAGUCCACGGGCCCGUGGAUGGUAAAACCCAAGGCCUUUUACGAAAGAAGGAAAAGAGAGCAACUUCCUGGCCAGACCUCAUUGCCAAGGUUUUCCGGAUUGAUGUGAAAGCAGAUGUUGACUCGAUCCACCCCACUGAGUUCUGCCAUAACUGCUGGAGCAUCAUGCACAGGAAGUUUAGCAGUGCCCCAAGUGAGGUUUACUUCCCAAGGAACACAGCCGUGGAGUGGCACCCCCACACACCCUCCUGUGACAUCUGCCACACUGCCCGUCGAGGACUCAAGAGGAAGGGUCCUCAGCCAAAUGUGCAGCUCAGCAAAAAACUCAAAACUGUGCUUGACCGAGCGAAACAAGCCCGUCAGCGCAAGAGAAGAGCUCAGGUGAGGAUCCGUAGCCGAGAAGUCAUGAAGAAGAUUGCCAACUGCAGUAAAAUACAUCUCAGUACUAAGCUUCUUGCGGUGGACUUCCCAGAGCACUUUGUGAAAGCUAUCUCCUGCCGGAUUUGUGAACACAUUCUGGCUGACCCUGUGGAGACCAGCUGUAAGCAUGUAUUUUGCAGGAUCUGCAUUCUCAGGUGCCUCAAAGUCAUGGGCAGUUAUUGUCCCUCUUGCCAAUAUCCAUGUUUCCCUACUGACUUGGAGAGUCCAGUGAAGUCCUUUCUGAGUGUCUUGAAUUCCCUGAUGGUGAGAUGUCCAGCAAAAGAGUGCAAUGAGGAGGUCAGUUUGGAAAAAUAUAAUCACCAUGUCUCAAGUCACAGGGAAUCAAAAGAGACUUUUGUGCAUAUUAAUAAGGGAGGCCGGCCCCGUCAGCAUCUUCUCUCAUUGACCCGGAGAGCUCAGAAACACCGGCUGAGGGAGCUCAAGCUGCAAGUCAAGGCUUUUGCUGACAAAGAAGAAGGUGGAGACGUGAAGUCUGUGUGCCUGACCUUGUUCCUGCUGGCCCUGAGGGCGAGGAAUGAGCACAGACAAGCGGACGAGCUGGAGGCCAUCAUGCAGGGACGGGGAUCUGGCCUGCAGCCAGCUGUUUGCUUGGCCAUCCGCGUCAACACCUUCCUCAGCUGCAGUCAGUACCACAAGAUGUACAGGACCGUGAAAGCCAUCACGGGGAGGCAGAUUUUCCAGCCUUUGCAUGCCCUUCGGAAUGCUGAGAAGGUUCUCCUGCCGGGCUACCACCCCUUUGAGUGGCAGCCACCUCUGAAGAACGUGUCUUCCAGCACCGAUGUGGGCAUUAUUGAUGGGCUGUCUGGACUAUCCUCCUCUGUGGAUGAUUACCCAGUGGACACCAUUGCCAAGAGGUUCCGCUAUGAUUCGGCUUUGGUGUCUGCUUUGAUGGAUAUGGAAGAAGACAUCUUGGAGGGCAUGAGAUCCCAAGACCUGGAUGACUACCUGAGUGGCCCCUUCACUGUAGUGGUGAAGGAGUCUUGUGAUGGGAUGGGAGAUGUGAGUGAGAAGCAUGGCAGUGGGCCGGUAGUCCCGGAAAAGGCAGUUCGUUUUUCAUUCACGGUCAUGAAAAUUACUAUCGCGCAUGGCUCACAGACUCUGAAGGUGUUUGAGGAAGCCAAACCUAACUCUGAGCUGUGCUGCAAGCCAUUGUGUCUUAUGCUGGCAGAUGAGUCUGACCAUGAGACCCUGACUGCCAUCCUGAGCCCUCUCAUUGCUGAGAGGGAGGCCAUGAAGGAUAGUGAAUUGAUGCUUGAGAUGGGAGGCAUCCUCAGGACUUUCAAGUUCAUCUUCAGGGGCACUGGAUAUGAUGAAAAACUUGUCCGGGAAGUGGAAGGCCUCGAGGCUUCUGGCUCGGUCUACAUUUGUACUCUUUGUGAUGCCACCCGUCUGGAAGCCUCUCAAAACCUUGUCUUCCACUCCAUAACCAGAAGCCAUGCUGAGAACCUGGAACGCUAUGAGGUCUGGCGUUCCAACCCGUACCAUGAGUCUGUGGAAGAACUGCGGGACAGGGUGAAAGGGGUCUCGGCCAAACCUUUCAUUGAGACGGUGCCUUCCAUAGAUGCACUGCACUGUGACAUUGGCAAUGCGGCUGAGUUCUACAAGAUUUUCCAGCUAGAGAUAGGGGAGGCAUAUAAGAAUUCUAAUGCUUCCAAAGAGGAAAGGAAAAGAUGGCAGGCCACAUUGGACAAGCAUCUCCGGAAGAAGAUGAACCUAAAACCAAUCAUGAGGAUGAACGGCAACUUUGCCAGGAAGCUCAUGACCAAAGAGACUGUUGAUGCAGUUUGCGAAUUAAUUCCUUCCGAGGAGAGGCAUGCAGCUCUGAGGGAGCUCAUGGAUCUCUACCUGAAGAUGAAACCCGUAUGGCGAUCAUCAUGCCCCGCUAAAGAGUGCCCAGAAUCCCUCUGCCAGUAUAGUUUCAACUCUCAGCGUUUUGCUGAGCUCCUCUCUACCAAGUUCAAGUAUAGAUACGAGGGCAAAAUCACCAAUUAUUUUCACAAAACUCUGGCACAUGUCCCUGAAAUUAUUGAGAGGGAUGGCUCUAUUGGGGCAUGGGCGAGUGAGGGAAAUGAAUCUGGCAACAAACUGUUCAGGCGCUUCCGGAAAAUGAAUGCCAGGCAGUCCAAGUGCUAUGAAAUGGAAGAUGUCCUGAAACACCACUGGUUGUAUACUUCCAAAUACCUCCAGAAGUUUAUGAAUGCUCAUAAUGCAUUAAAAAACUCUGGGUUUACUAUGAGCUCUCAGGCAAGUGUCGGGGACCCAUUAGGCAUAGAGGACUCUCUGGAAAGCCAAGAUUCAAUGGAAUUUUAAGUAGAGAAGCCACUUACGAGUUGGUUUUUGCAAAUGAGUUUUCUUCUGGGUUGCAUUGAAGGCUUCUCCUAGCACCCUUCACUACUGUGUGCGGGGCUUCACCACCCAAGAGGUGGUCGGUUGGAGCGAGAGGCUACAGAUGCUGUCAUGUCAGGAAUGGAUUACCAAUAAGUUGAUUGCUUGAGUCGUUUAGUGAGUUCAGAAAAGCAACAGGAAAAAAUCAGUUGUUUGAAAGCUCAAUAACUCAGAACAGGAGUGACUGCAGGGGACCAGACACGAACAAAGAUCUUUGUGCGUGCAUGACUGAGUGUUGUGAAAAUGAAAGCCAGGGUUGUCAAAGAACAGCCAGUGAAGCCAGGAAAGAAAGAAAUUUGUCUUGUGGUUUUCAUUUUUCCCCUUGGUUUAUUAUAUUUUAUAUUGAGAUAUAAUAAGUGUUUUCUAUUUCAUUUUCAUAAAAUUCUUUAUUUUAUAUAUUUCACAUAUCUUGACUCAUUUUACAAGGUUCAAAAGAGCUUUCUUGAAUUUUCUAGUAAUAUCUUACAUUUGUAUGGCAUGACGACCUUUACGAAGUGCUCUUAAUGCAUCUUCUCAUUUGAUACAUUUAUGCAGAAAUACCCUACAUCACAAAUUUUUUUGGAAAAUCAGUCCUUUUAAUAAAGGUUUAAAUGGUGCAUCUAUUAUAACCUUCCAAGUUUAGGAGGUCAUCUGCUGUCAUAGAUCUUUCAAUAAUGAAGUUAGAAGAAUACACCUGUUAGCCACAGUAAGUCAUUAAAUCUUCUGAUAAUAUGUAUUUACUUAGCUAUCAGUAGCCAAAUAUGAGUCUUUGUUUUUAUUUUUUAAAUUUCAAGUAAUUUAGAAUUUCCAAAUGCUUUCCCAUACAAUCUCAAAGCCAUAGAGGAUUUUUAAAAAUUUGGGUUUGCUUAAUGUCUAAAAACAGAUUUCAUGUCUUACUGAAAAUUUCUGCCAGAUUUCAUCCAAAUAAAACCUGGGUUGAUGUUACUAAAUCCAGGUUUUAUGGAGUCCUCCCCUCUGCAAUGUGUUAUUCUUUCUAUUAUAAUUAGUUUAUUUCUAGCGUACUCAGAAUUUUGUAGCAAGAUAACCUUGGUACUGUUUCUACCUGCUAAGUUUAGAUGGAAACUGCUCUUCUAAGUAGAAGAGUUAACAUUUGUUCAGUGUUUUUUUUUUUUUUUUGGUCAGUUUUGGAAUGUUUUCACACUCAUUUGCCCCACCGCGACUCUGCUGGGUAGGAGUUGUUAUUAUUCCCGUUUGAUGGAGGUUUAAAUGUUUUGCCAAUAGUUACAGGGAUAACAAAUGCCUGAUUUGGAAUUUGAACCCAGGCCUUUUGUCUACAAAUUCCAUGUUCUUUCUACCACAAAAAUUGAUCACUAUUUUUGUUUAUAAGGCAGUAUCAGAAUUUCUUUAGGAUUCAGAACUAAUCAUUAUAGCUCAUAACUUUAGCAUUACAUUUAAAGGUGGCAGGGGUGGGUAAGUUUUUAAGUUGUUUGUGUGCUUUGGACCUUUUGCUAGAAGAAAGUAAUGCUAAAGCUCCAUGGAGUCCCCUAAACCUCUGGUGGCUCCAGUUAUUUGGAAACUAUUGUCUGCAUCCUUAGGAAUCUGGGAUUUGCCAGUUGCUGGCAAUGUAGAGCAGGCAUGGGAUUUUAUAUGCUAGUGAGUCAUAAUGAUAUGUUAGUGUUAAUUAGUUUUUUUUUCUUUCUUUGAUUUUAUUGGCCAUAAUUGCCACUCUUCAUGCACAGUAUAUCAAAGAGCUUUGUAAUUUAGUUGUCAAACGUGCAUCAGUGGCAUUAUCCUAAGUGGUAUACAUUUGGUGCUUUUGCAGGGAUUGAACUCGGUAUUUUCUGUUAAAAUAUACAGCAGUUUUCUUUGCUUUUUAUAUGCAGGAUAUCAAAGCCAUUUAUAAUUAAGUUAUCAAAACAUAUACAUAUUUUAAUAUUACUUUUUUUUGAAAACUGUUAGUUUUGUGUUUUGGGAACUAAUGGGCUUCUAAGCCACCUCUUCCCUUCAUCUCACUUAAUCCUUACAGCAUGUCCCUGUACUAAUAAACAGAUAAAUUCACAUAAUCAUCCUAUUCCCUGAAGCAUGCUGGUGCUGGUUUGUAGUUUUUUUUUCCCAUUUCCACUCUGUUACUCGACUGGUGGCACUGUAAAUACUUUUCAAUAUUAAAUUCCCCUAUUCUAGCAUUGUAGGAACUAUUUUGAAUUUAUGUGACUAAGAGCAUGAUUUAUAGCACAAACUUCCCAAUAAUCCCUUAAUCAGAUCACAUUUUGAUAAACCCCAGGAACAUCUGGCUGCAGGAAUUUCAAUAUGUAGAAAUGUUGCCUAUGGUUAUUUUUCGCCCUCAUUGUUGAGAUUGCAAUAUCCCAGACCCUGGUUUUAUACUCGAGCUUUAUUUUUAACAAUGCCCAUUGCAAAUGCAGUCACAUACUCCAGGGAAAUUCACCACACAGAAUGGAGUUUCUUUUUUUUUUUUUAAGUAUAUACUGGGACUUUAGAAGUGCAAUUCAUUUUUCUCCUGUGAAACCUGAUUCUGCGAGUUUUCUUGCUAAGCCACUGAGGUGCAUUGCAGGGACCAGUGAUAAUGACUGAUGAAAAUUGAUGAUUGGUUGGUGAGGUCAAAGAGAACCUUGGAGUUAAUAAACAUGCACUGAGAACCAAAAGCAGGAGGAAAAGAUGUCUUUUCCUUCCAGGUGAGCUAAAAUUUAGUUUUGCCUCAAUUUGUUUUCACAAGAUAGAUGAAGAUAAAAAUUGCUUUGGUUGAAAGUGUGGAUCUCACAUUAUAUCAAACAGAAUUCAAAUUCCACAUAGCUAGGUGGCAGGAUUUGUAAGCACCAGUGGUGGCUGGGAGGAACAAACCAUCAUUUGGAUGCAAGUGGUUUUUGAUUGCAGAUAUGGUGUCUUCAGUGAUUGUAUGACAAAUGGUCUAUUCUUUUGAUGUUAAGAGAUUUUAAAUAAGAGUAGAUACUUUGUUACCCAUUUUACUUUCUCCCCAUUAACUACUGUAAUCUACAUAAAUAUACCUCAGAAUCCAUUUUUGGUAAGAUUUUUCUUUUUGUAGAACUACACUUCACUUUAUUUUCUUUAUAAUCUUGCAUUUUGUGUAACAGCUUCCAAGAGCUGUGUUUUUGUCUGUUUUGUAGAAAGUUCAUGUACCAGGAUGCAAUGGAUUUAUUUGAUGGUGGGCGGAACCCUGUAUUUUCACGUCAAACAUUUUCAGAGAAAAUGAAAUAUGAGUUUCAAUAAUUAUUUUUAUAUUUUAUUGUUUUCAUUAAUUAAUAUUAUGGUUAUUGUUAGCAAUUUCAUGUUUAAGUAUUUGAAAUAAAAUUUUAAGAUUUGAAAA